AUGCGCCCCUCUCUCGCCGCCUUCAACUCGACCCACUACCUCAUCACGCUCGUGCGGUCCCCGCGCGGCCUUCCGCCAGCCUCGGCAGCCACCGUCGCGGCUCUCGGACUCUCCCGGCUGCACCAGAGCGUCGUGCAGCCCAUCGGACCUACGGCGGCCGGGAAAAUCUUGCGUAUCAAGGAGCUCGUUACUGUUCGCAACGUUUCGGAGGAGGAGGGGCUGGCUGCGUGCGCACGCAGGCGUCCCGAGGGCGCGGGCGUCGAGCCCACUGGUCGCGAGAAGGUUUGCAGAAAUAUACCCACCUAG